AUGUCUUUGAAAAAACAUGGUUCUAUCGACGCCUGGAGCCAAAUCGCCCAUCCAGACUUUAUCAAAGGUGUUCCAGAAGUAUCUCGUCUUUUGCUUCAAUCAAAAACGCCUUUAGCUUGGUCGGAAAAGGGACUCACUCCCGAACAGACAAUUCAACUGAUGGAUAAAGCUGGUGUAGAAAAAAUAUGUUUAAGUGCCUGGUAUAGACCCGGAAAAGCAGUAAUCACUAAUGACAUGAUAAGCGAAUGGACACAAAAAUAUUCUGACAGAUUUAUUGGAAUUGCAGGUGUCAAUUUACUCGAUCCUUUUGGCGCAGUGAAAGAAUUGGAAAGAGCUGUCAAUGUACUCGGUUUUAAGGGCCUUCGUAUUAUUCCUUGGCUUUAUAAUCUUCCACCAAAUGAUAAACACUAUUAUCCUCUCUAUGUGAAAUGUAUCGAACUGGAUAUCCCAUUUUUUACACAAGUUGGUCACACUGGUCCAUUAUGUCCAUCCGAGACAGGAAGACCAAUUCCCUAUCUUAAUGAAGUUGCUCUUACAUUUCCUCAACUGAAAAUUGUUGGUGGUCACGUUGGUUAUCCUUGGACAAACGAAAUGAUUGCUCUUUGCUGGAAACAUCCCAACGUGUACGUUGAUACUUCUGCCUGGCUUCCUCGUUACUAUCCUCCAGAACUUAUCCAUUAUAUUGAAACCUAUGGUCAAGACAAAGUUUGUUAUGGUACCAAUUUUCCCCAACUUAGUUGGGAAGCCACGAUGAAACAAGUAGAUGAAUUAGGAUUGAGUGAUAAAAAACUUGGACAGCUUUGUCCAUCAAUAAAAUGUAAUACCAUUACAACUGUAAAGUAUUCAUUGGCAGCAGAACAAGCCAAUUGGAUUUUUCCAGAAAUAGAGGAAAAGAUAAAGCAUGAGAUUGUAGUUUAUGAGGAAAAACCAACGUCAGCAUUACCACUUGAAAAAUCUGUACAAUUACAUACCAUUCAAAAGAAACAUAAAAUGCCAGCGCCUGUAUUAUGUAAUUGUGAAGAGAAAAUAUUCAUUAGAGUGAAAGAAGCUGUAGAAAAUGAUAUUACAAAUAAACAUGAAACCUUCGAGGAAUGCAUUCAGAAAACAGGAUUAUCUUGA